GGCCUGGGCUUUGUCCAUAUGAGGGGAGAGUGCCAUUACCCAUAAUGCAUUUCCAUACAGCUUGCAAGCAAUCCGGAGGUUCGUCACAAAUGCGGUGAGUCUUCUAGCACGCUGCAAGAGAAGACUACAUGAACUGUUUUUAAACCUAUUUUAAAGAAUCAACGUUUUUAAUAUUUGUGUUGUACUUUUUGUAUUUUUGGAAAUGGGAGUCCCAGCGUUUUUUCGCUGGCUGAGUCGGAAGUACGCAUCUAUUAUUGUGCAUUGCUUGGAGGAGAAGGCAAAAGAAUGUAACGGAGUUCGUGUACCUGUGGAUACCAGUAAACCUAAUCCAAAUGAAGUUGAAUUUGACAAUUUGUACCUGGACAUGAAUGGUAUAAUUCACCCGUGUACACACCCAGAAGACAAAGCUGCCCCCAAGAAUGAGGAUGAAAUGAUGGUGGCGAUUUUUGAGUACAUUGACCGCUUGUAUAACAUUGUUCGCCCACGAAAGGUCCUUUACAUGGCUAUAGAUGGAGUUGCUCCUCGUGCCAAAAUGAACCAGCAGAGAUCCAGGCGAUUUCGAGCUUCUAAAGAAGGUGUGGAGCUGACAGAAGAAAAGUCACGCAUAAGAGAGGAGGUCUUGCAAAGAGGUGGGUAUUUGCCCCCUGAUGAAGUAAAAGAAAGAUUUGACAGCAACUGUAUUACACCGGGGACUGAGUUUAUGGAAAAUCUUGCAAAGUGUUUGCGGUAUUAUGUUGCUGAAAGACAAAACAAUGAUCCUGGAUGGAAAAACAUAACGGUAAUCUUGUCUGAUGCCAGUGUACCUGGUGAGGGAGAACACAAGAUCAUGGAUUACAUUAGAAGGCAACGAGCUCAACCGAACCAUGACCCCAAUACUCAUCACUGUUUAUGUGGAGCUGAUGCUGAUUUGAUUAUGCUGGGGUUGGCUACUCAUGAGCCCAAUUUCACGAUCAUACGGGAGGAGUUCAAGCCAAACAAGCCGAGACCAUGUGGCCUUUGUGGCCAGGUUGGUCAUGAAAUUAAAGAUUGUCAGGGCAUUGCAAGGGAGAAGCAAGGAGAGCAUGAUCAGUUUGCUGACAGUCUUCCAUGUUCAGAACAGGAGUUCAUUUUCAUCCGAAUUGCUGUUUUACGAGAGUAUUUGGAGAGAGAGUUGACCAUGGCCAGUUUGCCUUUCCCUUUUGACAUUGAAAGGAGUGUUGAUGACUGGGUGUUCAUGUGCUUCUUUGUCGGAAAUGACUUCUUGCCUCAUUUGCCUUCCUUAGAAAUUAGGGAGGGUGCAAUUGAUCGUCUGGUUGGCAUUUAUAAAGAUGUGGUGCACAAAACUGGGGGCUAUCUGACAGAAAGUGGUUUUGUUAACUUGGAACGUGUGGAGCUGAUAAUGCAAGCUGUGGGAGUUGCAGAGGAUAACAUUUUUAAAAAACGGAAAGAGGAUGAUGAAGGCUUCAAAAGGAGAAUGAAAGAAAAAAAGAAACGUAUGAAAGCAGACAAACCAGCAUUUUUGCCUUCAGGACAGUUUGCACCACAGGCACUAGGUAGGAGAGGUGGUCCACAGCCUGUUGAUAACCCAAGACACGCAGCAUUUAAUAUGAGAAUGCACGGACGAGAUCAGCAGAAUAUGAAUGCUGCCUCUUCUUUGAAAGCCAUGAUGAAGAAUGGACAGCAGACUCCCUCAGGAUCCCGGGACGCCUCCGAUGGCGGUCCCUCUCCUUCGGGGGGUGUGAAGAGGAAGGCGCAGGACAGUGACAGUGAACCUGAACCGGAGGAUAACAUCAGAUUGUGGGAGGAAGGUUGGAAGCAGCGUUACUAUAAAAACAAGUUCGAUGUGGACGCAUCGGACGAGAAAUUCCGUCGCAAAGUGGUGAAGUCCUAUGUUGAAGGUCUUUGCUGGGUCCUUAGAUAUUACUACCAGGGAUGUGCUUCAUGGAAGUGGUAUUUUCCUUUCCAUUAUGCUCCUUUUGCUUCUGACUUUAAAGAUAUUAAGGGCAUGUUUACAGAAUUUGAGCUGGGCACAAAACCGUUUAAACCUUUGGAACAGUUAAUGAGUGUAUUUCCAGCAGCCAGCGGGAACUUCUUGCCUGUUUCAUGGCAGAAGCUUAUGACUGAUCCUAACUCCUCGAUUAUUGACUUCUACCCCGAUGACUUUGCUAUUGACUUGAAUGGAAAGAAAUAUGCCUGGCAAGGUGUUGCUCUGUUGCCGUUCGUUGAUGAGCGUCGCCUGAGGGCUGCUUUGGAAGAGGUCUACCCUGACCUCUCUCCUGAUGAAAUUAAAAGGAACAGUCUCGGAAGCGAUAUUUUGUUUAUUGGAAAACAUCAUCCACUGUGUGACUUCAUCAGGGAGCUGUACAGAGUUAAUAGCACAGAGUGUGUAGACAUACCUCCUGAACUGUGUCAUGGCAUCAAGGGUGCUCUUGAUUUGGAUGAAAAUGCAAUUCUACCAGAUAAGAUAGUCAAGUCUCCUGUCCCAAUGUUGAAGGAUAUUACUCAUAACAGUGUAAUAAGCAUAAAAUUCAAGGACCCGCAAUUCCAAGAGGGGUUUGUUUUCAAAGCAGUUCUUCUUCCGGGAGCAAAAUUCAAGACAGCAGCAGGGCUCUUUGCUUGGCCCUUCUCCUGGAUAUAAUCAGCAAUAUCCCAGAAGUUAUGGUAAUGUGUCUUCAUCGGGUUGGAACCAGAUGCAAUCACAUGGUUCUGCAUACCAGCAAGGCCAACAGAGAGGUCCAGGAGGUGGCAAUUACCAUCAACGCUAUGAAGAGCGAAGGGAUCACAGGGGGAGACAGGGAGACAACUCUGGGAGGAAGUAUCCUCUGCCACCUACUUCAGGAAGAUACACUUGGAAUUAAAGGUGUUUGAGUAACAUGCAGGGUCUCGAAGGAUAAUUAACUGGAUUAAAGAAAAUGUAACUUGUUUUAUAUUUCUUUUUGGCGUUUUUAUUUUCCCAGUAUUUUUUAUUGUAACAAUCUUGAUGUGUGUUUUUUGUUUUUUUUUUUUAAAUGUACUAUUAUGUUCCAGUAAAAAUACAACCGAAUCGAAGGUAGUUUAGUUGUAUGGGUCUUAUUUUUGUUGCAUCUGAUUUUUAAUGCAGUCUUGUAAUUGGCAAUAUUUUGUUAUGUAUACUUUAUGUAUGCUUUUUUUUCACAUUGCUGAACCAUGCAUCUUUGUUUUAGAGGGGGGUGGGGGCAGUGUGUGCGCCGUUUCUAUUAAGAACUGAUUGCUUCUAAAGUGAAACGGUGUUAUCACGGUUGGAUUUAUUUUCCCUUUACUCUCAUCUGUAGAACAUUGUUUAUUGCACAGAAUGUACUGCCACAUGUUUUUAAGUAAUUAAUGAAAGUAUUAUAUUGGCCUACAAUUCCAUCACCAAUUUAUAGGUGCAUCUUUGUGUUAAUACAACGUCUUUGGAACACAACUUUAAUAAAAAUUUCCCAUUGAAUCCUAAUCUUUUUUUUAUUUUAUUUAUGUAUAUUGCUACACAGUGGAACGUUUUAAUUUGACUAUUUAAAAUACCAUUUGACUACAAAAAAAUGUGCAUGUGCUGAAUACUGUCGAGGUUUCUUUUUUUCACCUUAGAAAUAUUGCCAGACUGCGUCCUAUGCUUUCUCUACCUGCAGCUGAAAAACUGGUUCAUGCUUUUGUUUUCUCCAGGAUCGAUUACUGUAACGCCCUGCUUGCUGGGGUGUCUAAUAGCAUCCUCACUAAAAUUCAAUUUGUCCAAAACUCUGCAGCCAGAAUUCUGUCUCGGUCCCGCUAAGAGAUUCUGUCUUGGAGGCCUUGCACUGGCUGCCUAUCAAGUUCAGAAUUGAUUUUAAAAUUUUAAUGCUGACAUAUAAGGCUCUUCAUGGUCUAGCUCUGACUUAUCUGUCAGAUCUUUUAUCUUUUUACAGUCCCUCUCGCAACCUCCGCUCUGCUGAUCUCAGACUGCUGUGUGUCCCGCCUGCUCGCCUGCGCUCUAUGGGCGACAGGGCCUUCUGUUGUUAUGCCCCCAAAUUAAGGAACUCUAUUCCACUAGAGAUCAGGGACUCGGCCUCUUUGAAUGUUUUUAAAGCUAAUUUAAAGACUCACUUUUUUAGAAAGGCGUUUUUAUGAUUUUUAUGAUUGUUUUAUUUCCUUGUGCUUUUUUAUGUAUAAGCUUUUUAUUUUAUUUCUGUACUAUUAAUUGUGAAGCACUCUGAGAUGAUUGCUUUUAAGGGCGCUAUACAAAAUAGUUAAUAAUAAUAAUAAUAAUAAUAAUAAUAAUAUUAUUAUUAUUAUUACAAUUCCAUCACCAAUUUAUAGGUGCAUCUUUGUGUUAAUACAACGUCUUUGGAACACAACUUUAAUAAAAAUUUCCCAUUGAAUCCUAA